AUGAAGACAGAAGAUACCGAGGAACGCGAUGAAACGGGCGGUACCCAGAACGGUAAUGAAGGCCCGGAUGGCAAAAGUUCAGUGCCUGUUGACAAUGUCCAAGGAAAUGGACCUACAGAGAAAGAGGGAGACAAUACACAACAGAUAAGGCAAAGUACAGAUCCAGAUACACGUGCUGAUGAAGAUAUGGCAGAUAAGACAGGGGGCACCACAGAAAAGACAAGUACAGAGGAAGGAGGGACAGAGGGAAGUACAGGAAAGAUAAGUACAGAAGAAGGCGGGACAGAGGGAAGUACAGGAAAGACAAGUGCAGAAGAAGACGGGACAGGGGGAAGUACAGGAAAGACAAAUGCAGAAGAAGGCGGGACAGAGGGAAGUACAGAAAAGACAAGUGCAGAAGAAGGCGGGACAGAGGAAAGUACAGAAAAGACAAGUGUAGAAGACGCUAAGACAGAAAAGGCAAAGGAAAGGGGAAUAAGUGAAGAAGAUAAAAAGACAGGGGAAAAUGCAGAAAAGAUAGAGGCAGACGAAAAUGAGACAGAGGAAAGUACAGAAAAGACAAGUGCAGAAGACGCUAAGACAGAAAAGGAAAAGGCAGACGAAAAUGAGACAGACGAAAAGACAGAUGACAGUACAGAGAAGACCAGAGAUGAAGACAAAGACGGUACAGCAGAAGAGACAGAUGAGAAAAGCGAACGGUUAGAGAUGCUGUCCAAGGGCAUAGCAGACCUACAGGAACGCCGUGCUGCUUUGAUAGAGAAACACCUGAAAGAUGGGGUCCAGGAAAGUCCGAAAUUCGGAUCAGCCGACAAUCACAUUGGGACCAUGCUAUCGGGUCAAAUGAGCGUCAUGUUCAUCAUAGACAACCUUCGGACAGCAGUGGAAAGUAAGAGCAGACGCAAAGAGGAGCUCAAGAAACAACAAGCUAAACUGGAAUCUCAAGUGGCAGAAUUACGUGUUGUUCUGGAUGAAAAAGACAGUGUGAUAAAGGACAAGGAGGAAGCCCUACAGAAAAUCCAGGCAAACGAGGGUGAAGUUAAAGAAACCAAAUCCGAUGAGUCACAGACUGACUUUGAUCAAGCACUGGAGGCUGAGGACACGAUUUCCCAAACACAUGAUCAAAUAGAAGCACUGAAGUCGGACAUUGAAGACAAGAAGCUACAAAGGGCCUUACUUUACGAGCAGGCUGCCUGCAUGGCUUCGGAUAAGUCUUGGAAGGAACACGAACUUGAGUUUCUUGACUCUCUCCUUAACGCGAUCAAAGACAAGCCAGAAGACAAAGAACUUAACGGAAAGAAGAAAGCCGUGAUGACGUGGACUCUGCUGAAUGAGUAUCGCAAAGCCGAACACGAACUUGACGUGCUGAAGUACAAGGAUCGUGUUCUAGAGAAGGAAAACGAAGAGUUACAAAGAGAGUUGGAGUUUCUGAAGAAAACCGGAGCAGGGGAAGACUCUGAAGACGAGUCGUCGGACUCUGACGAAGAAGAACAAGAAGACGACGAAGAUAAACGACAACUACGAGAUAGCAUUGAUGACGUCAUCAAAGCUGUCAAAGAGGCCCAGAAAGAUGCAAAGGAAGGUGAUUCCGGUAGGGGCAGUGUAAACGAGCUGUCGCGCCGUAUGCCGAAUGAAGGGAAGAGGAAGCAACUUCCACCUCUUCGGAAAAAGCCCCCAAGGCCUCGAGCUCAAUGGCGGUAUUGAAGGGGAGGGGCUGCUAAAUCGAAUUGCCCAUUCCCUACAUGGUUAAGCCAUGCCAAGCAAUCACUUAAAAACACAUUUACCUACAUUUCAAAUCUCAAGUCUUUACCUCCAAUGCAAAGCUGUAUUUGUAAGGUAUGUUUUGGUUCAAAAAGCCCGAGUUCAACUCCGGCAUUUUAACGAGCUACGGCCAGAUGAUUGUCGUGAUGUCAGGAUUUCACCCCCUCUUCUAAUGUCCCA